ACAGACGGGUGUGUUAUCAACGCUCUGUUUCCGCGUUCGUUCGCGUUACGUAAAUUGGAUUUAGAUGUCGAUGAGUUAAUUCGAUAUUGCUAAUCCGCUUAAUUUUUUUAGACUUGUGUGUCCUUGUGUUGAAAAUGUCCGCGAAGGAUGAUAUUUUGGAAAAAUGUUGAAGACGUUUUAUACGCGAUGUUUGUUUUGUUUGCUGUGUAUCGCUUUUUAUUUUUACGGGACUGAUGGGUUAAUAGAGAUCGUGGAAGAACAACGUUGCCAUGACUACGAGUUUCGAUUGACGUGUCGUGAGUUGGACACGCAUAUUGCUGUCCUAGAAGCCUGGUACACAUCCCUUGAAAAUUACUAUCAAAAUGAUACCCUCACUCACGCCAAUUUGAUCAAAACUCAAAAUGACUCGGAACUCGACAAAGUGUAUAUCUAUUCCAGUCCUAAACAUAACGGAGUGUUUGAGUUGACAAAUCACACAUUCGAGAACUACACAAAUGUGAAUAAUUCCUUCGAGUUUGACUCGAGAAUUGAGAGUGUAAAUGAGACAGUGGAGAGUGUAGAUAUGUCCGUGGAUUUUGUAAAUGUGACGUGUAGUGCAGUGUCAUUUGCGAGAAGUUAUGCCAGCUGGCGAGAUGGGGACAAGCGUCGACGAAUGCGUUCCAGAGAUCUUUCGUAUAACUUGCGAGCGCCACUAAGUUAUAGAUGUACAGGAGUCAAUCACUGCAACUUCAGACUGGCCGAGGACUACCCUCCGUCAGAGAGCUGGUCACCUGGCGUGGUGUACAUAAAAUACGCAUGUUUUGAUGAUUCCCUAUCAGUCCACUAUUGCAACCGUGAAGUGCAGGUGGCAGAUAGGGGUCCAGAGAGCGAGGGCUACAUCCGGACACCCGGAUAUCCGCACUUCUACGUCGGAGAUGAGUGUCGGUGGAAACUCCGGGCACAUCCGGAACAACGAAUACGAGUUACCUUACUUGAUGUUAGUUUAAGAAGUAUAGGCCCAUUUGAAAGUAACUGCACUGAUUAUGUGGCAGUUCAUGAUUCAAACGGUGAUUCUCUUCUAAGCAGCUGUGAUCAAGUUGAAAUGCCAUUACGCUUGCUCUCUGUAACAAACACCGUUGAAGUAUUAGUUGAAGCUAGAUCUAAGGGCGCCUUCCCAAAAAGAGGCGUGUUGUUACAUUAUAAAAGUUUAGGGUGUGUUACUGUAUCAGCGCCAUCUCACGGCUAUAUUGUGUAUAAAAAUGAAGAUGUAGCGCACUACGUGUGUGAUGUGAAUUUUGUUUUCAUCGACACACGGCAAAGGGCGCGGAUAUUAUGGUGCUAUGACGAUAAUAGAUGGAAUGAUACUGUUCCAGAAUGUAUCGAAGAGACGACUCCUCAGGUGGUCGUCGCAAACUAUUCUGUCCCAGGGGUCGAUAAAGAUACAAAACUGCCGCACAACGAGGGAAAUAUGAUAGUUGACAUCGUCAUCCCGUCGCUACUGAUAGCGGCGUUGUUCAUCGGAAACGCAUUCAUCGUACUCAUAAUAUACAAAUACAGAAAACGAGAUCAGGCGGCUGGUGCUUUUAAACAUUAGCAAUAUGAAAACAGAUGAUUUAGAAGACGAGUUCAACACAAUCCCCCUGAGUGUUAACGGCAACGUCCACAGCGCCGGUAACGCGGUCUAGUCGCCUUUUAAAGGGGAUUACACUCGAACGACUACGCAACAUUAAUCUUUACAGAACAGAACUUGUUAAUCUGUUAGCGAAAUUUAUUGCUUUGUAAUUAACAAAAAUUAACAUGUUUUUUCAAUCUGGAUUUUGACGUUAUGGUCACGUUGUCGCAGUUCAACAGAAGAUGUAGUUAUAAAACUUAUGCAGCUAUAAACAUGACGACUCUUGUUCUAAAUUAUUAUUAUGUAUGUCAGUUUAAUUGACUUCACAGUAGAUAAUUCCUUUAUCCCUUUAACAAAUCUAUUUUUAAUGGGUAUGCAAAACUUCUCAUAAAUCUUUGCUGUUCGCAUUGAACGUGAUUUUGGCAAUUAAUACGACAUUUAUUCAUGAGAUAUAUUUAAGCUCUGAAAAACAAACCGGGAAUAACAUUUUUGCAGGAAAAUAUCCAGUUUUAUAGACCCUCAUGAACGUUGCGUUAUGAAUAAUUGAUGUGCCUCAAUGCGGAUGGAGAUGUAACGGCCUCGUUUACCUGAAUGUGUAAUUAUUCGAGUGUAACCUUCUUUAAUGAAAAGUCGGGUCGGAUGUGGAUUGACGAUUUGAUGGUCGUCCGUGCACAUCCGGCCUUAGUUAAGCUAAUUUAUUUGUUAGAUACCUCAUGUAGAUGUCUUCGGCGAUAAUCACACUUUUACAUUAUGAUACGUAUUUAGAUAAUAAUUGGGAAUUCAAUAUCGAAGUAACAUAUUCUUACAAAGCCGAUAUUUUGUCGUAUACAAAAGCUCUGUCGAAACUAAUUAAAAAUAUAUAUUGACGGUAAUUCUUAUUUAUGAAGGAAAUGCAAUUUAUCUCUAUUCAUCAUGAAUUGAUUGAAAUGGACGGUUUCCGACUAGUCGAGGAAGUGCGUCGUUACUUUUUAUGUAGUGAACAUAUAAUAAAGAUAAAAGACGCUUAAUUUUCAAGAGAACGAAGCUUGUAUUCGUUGAAGGUCCACUGUUUUGGUAAUGGAAGGUAUCAAAGUAACGUUCCGACUAAGAAACCGUUUUUAUUUAGCAUAAAA